UCUCGGCUCUAUGUGUUGCAGCUCGUGGUGUCUGCGCCGCCAGUGUGCGUCUCAGCCCCGCCGGUGUGAGUGUGUGCAUCGGUGCGUCGGCUGCGUGUGUGUGUGUGUGAAUGUGUGUGUGACUCCAGCGCUCUCUCUGCGUACGACAGGUGGAGAUGACAUGACUGCGCUCGAGAGGAAGAAAGGGAAGGACCUACGCGGUCAGCAAGUGUUCCUGCGUCCUGAGGAGAGUUCAGCUCCGGCUCAGACCACCAGACAGUCCACCACGCCGUCCGAACAACUCCAGGAUGCUUUGCUGCGGUUGGCGGCGGUUGUUGAUGCUCCAUCGCUGCGAGUGGCCCUUCGAGACAGCAUUCAGGAGCUGCUAUCCAGCACGGAGUGUGUAUGUGUCUACAUGCUGGAGGGAGACUCGAGGCUGCUGUCUGACGACCCGCCACAUGAACUGCCUCUGGAGGGAAAGAUCAGGAGUGUCGCAGACCAGCUGAAGCGAUGUCAGUGUGCCGGUCUUCCUCCAUCUGAACUGCCAGAGAAAUACAAAAUCUGCCUCGCAGCACCGUUAGCGGCACCCAGAAGAGCUGUUGUGAUUCCUAUCUUGAACCAGGAGCGGGACAAGGCCAUCGCUGUCAUACUGGUUGGCUGUAAUCCACUGACUGAUCAGGAUGAACUGCAUCUUAACAUUCUGGAAAAACACGCCUCGGUGACGUGCGUGCGAGUCCAGGCCACUCAGACGUCCUACCAGCGGCCUCCCCUCAGCCCCUCGCCCAUACAGUCCCACAAUGCACUGCUGCAUCUCAACGUCAAAGAGCAGGACUACUGCGAGCUGGACCGCAACAUUCUGCAACUCUGCGGCGAGCUCUAUGACCUUGACGCAGCCUCUCUCCAGCUCAAAGUCAUCAAUUAUCUGCAGCAGCAGACUAACUCGCAGUGUUGUUGUCUACUACUGGUGUCUGAGGACAACCACCAGGUGUUUUGCCAGGUGGUUGGAGACAAAGUCCUGGAAGAGGAGAUCAGCUUCCCGCUGAUGUUUGGACGUUUCGGUCAGGUUGUUGAAAAGAAGAAGUCAAUUACGCUUCAGGACAUCAGUGCAGAGGAGCGUCGGCAGCUCUCCAGUAUGUUAGGCUGUGAGAUCUCCUCCAUGCUGUGCGUCCCAGUGGUCAGCAGGGCCACUGGUCAGGUGGUGGCGCUAGCAUGCACCUUCAACAAGCAUGGUGGCCAGAGACACACAGAGGCAGACGAGUAUGCCAUCCAGCACUGUUUCUGCUACACGUCAACGGUUCUCACUUCAACUUUGGCCUUUCAGAAAGAACAGAAACUCAAAGUGGAGUGUCAGGCGCUCCUACAAGUGGCCAAGAAUCUCUUCACGCACUUGGAUGAUGUGUCAGUGCUGUUACAGGAAAUUAUAGUGGAGGCCAGGAACCUCAGUGAUGCAGAGAUCUGCUCCGUGUUCCUGCUGGAUCAGGGCAGUCAUGAGCUGGUGGCAAAGGUGUUUGACGGAGGCGUGGUUAGUGAUGAAGAGAAGGAGUUUCGUAUCCCAGCCGAUCAGGGUAUCGCGGGCCACGUGGCCACCACUGGUCAGAUCCUGAACAUUAAGGACGCCUACUCCCACCCUCUCUUCUACCGAGGCGUGGACGACGAAACCGGCUUCAAGACUCGCAACAUCCUCUGUUUCCCCAUCAAAGAUGAGAACAACGAGGUGAUCGGUGUGGCUGAGCUGGUGAAUAAAAUGAACGGGCCGUGGUUCAACCGCUUCGACGAGGAUCUGGCCACUGCGUUCUCUAUCUACUGUGGAAUCAGCAUAGCUCAUUCUCUGCUGUACAAGAGGGUCGGUGAGGCUCAGUUCAGGUCCCACCUGGCCAAUGAAAUGAUGAUGUACCACAUGAAGGUAUCAGAGGAAGAAGUGACUAAGCUGCUGGUGGCGGGGGUCGAUCCGGUGAUAGAGAUCCACCCCUGCUUCGCCGAGUUCACCUACACGCCGCGCUCCCUGCCUGAUGACACCACACCCAUGUGUGUCCUCAGCAUGUUGGAAGACAUGGGUUUCAUCAACACGUACAAGAUUGACAGGAACACACUCGCCAGGUUCUGUCUAAUGGUGAAGAGAGGCUACAGAGACCCUCCCUACCACAACUGGAUGCACGCCUUCUCUGUCUCACACUUCUGCUACCUGCUCUACAAAAACCUAGGGCUGUCCAACUACCUCGAGGAUAUAGAGAUCUUAGCUCUCUUUAUCUCCUGUAUGUGCCAUGACAUGGACCACCGUGGUACCAACAAUUCUUUCCAAGUCGCCUCGCAAUCUGUGCUGGCUGCGCUCUACAGCUCAGAGGGAUCUGUGAUGGAGAGACAUCACUUUGCCCAGGCCAUCGCCAUUCUGAACACUCACGGCUGCAACAUCUUCGAGAAGUUCUCCAGGAAGGACUACCAGCGCAUGCUAGAUCUGAUGAGGGACAUCAUUCUGGCGACGGACCUGGCUCACCACCUUCGCAUUUUCAAGGACUUGCAGAAGAUGGCUGAUGACGGAUACGAUCGCAAAAACCCAAACCACCGCUCUAUGCUGCUGUGCCUGUUGAUGACAUCAUGUGACCUGUCAGACCAGACCAAGGGCUGGAAAACCACGCGCAAGAUCGCUGAGCUGAUAUAUAAAGAGUUCUUCUCUCAAGGAGACCUGGAAAAAGCCAUGGGGAACAGGCCGAGCGAGAUGAUGGACCGAGAAAAGGCGUACAUCCCAGAACUACAGAUCAGCUUCAUGGAACAUAUCGCCAUGCCCAUCUACAAGUUGCUGUCUGAGCUGCUUCCUGGGGCCACCGAGCUGUAUGAGCGAGUGGCAGCCAAUCGGGAGCAGUGGACCAAGGUGUCCCACAAGUUCACCAUCCGUGGGUUGCCAAGCAACAACAGCCUAGACUUCCUGGACCAGGAGUACGAGCUGCUCCAGUCCCAGGGUGCGUUCGGGAGCGACGAGCACUGCUUCAAUGGCUGCCUUGACGACGCAUAGGGGGGGAGGUGCCAGUGA